UAUAUCCCGACGUCGGCAACUAGGAAAAAUAGUUAGCUAGGCUUAUCUUCACAGAUGGCAGGAAUAGGUGGUAACGCAAUAUUGUAGUACGAAAUAAAAUAGUAACGGUAACAGUGUUCAUGGAUUUUCUCAUAUAACUCUUUACACGGUGUCCAUAUAGUCGUCUUUUAAACAUUAAACGCGAAUUUCCCCCGAGUUUUUGGUGCAUUAAAUGGAGGAGAAGAAGGAAGACGGAGACUCGGAGAUACAGGAACACGGACCCGAGCACUGGUUCUCAAAAUGGGAGCGGCAGUGUUUGGCCGAAGCGGAGCAGAGGGAGCCGAGCGAGGAGGAGGCCGACAACGACCAGGAUAAACUGUGGCACCUUUUCCAGAACUCCGCUACUGCCGUGGCACAGUUAUACAAAGACAGAGUAUGCCACCAGCAGGGCCUGUCAUUGUGGGUGCCAUUUCAGAAUGCUGCUACAGCAGUCACCAACCUUUACAAAGAGAGUGUGGAGGCCCAUCAGAGAAGCUUUGACCGAGGCAUCCAAAUAGGCCACCAGCGUCGUAAUAAGGACAUGUUGGCCUGGGUCAAAAAGCGUCGAAGAACCAUCCGUAGGGAGGAUCUUAUCAGCUUUUUGUGCGGCAAAGCACCACCACACAGAAGUAGCAGGGCAAACACUCGACUGGCCAUGGUGGCCCCUAGCCGGGCUAAUUCACCAGCUGAGACUGGCUCAUCCGUGGAAGCAGACCUCCAGCCCUUCAGGGAGGCCAUAGCACUGCAUGGUCUGAGUGGAGCCAUGGCAAGUAUUAGUGUGCGCUCUGGUGCUCCAGGUUCUCCCACACAUGUGAGCGGGAGCAGCAGUAACGGAGGUGGUGCAAGUGGAGGUGGUUCUUCCGGCUCUGGGCCGGUGUGCCGCAGCAGGCGUAACGGGCUCCAAGACGUCGACCUGAACACUUUCAUUUCAGAGGAGAUGGCACUGCAUCUGGACUCUACAGGCUCUGCUUCUGCUGGAGGGGGAGGAACCAGAAAACGAAACUCCACCCAGUGUAGUGAUGUCAUCACAGACUCCCCUACGCACAAACGCAACAGGAUGAUCUGAUCUGAUGCCUGCCUAUGUGUGAGGGGUGGGGCAGUAGCCUUCAAAGCCAAGGCUAAGAGAGGGGGAUGGAUGGGCUUAUGUGGGACAGAUGCGCAGAUGUACAGACAGACAUUCGGAUGCCUGGGCUGAAAAUAAAAACAGGGACUGAAGGCUCUCAGUUCAGUCUGUUCAGUUGAAUGAACUCUAUUCUUUGUCUCCUUUCCCAUCACUAGUACUACAAAUCACUGAUCUACAAUCAGAACAUUUAAUGAGUGUGUGUGUGCACGUGGGUGGGUGACUGGGAAGUCUGGACGACAUCACACAUUCCUCAGACAUCACUGCCCUGGAAAGGAGACAACGAAGAAAGUCACCAACUAUUUCUGGGAUGCAGACAGUUCUCAAGGGGUGGAAAUGCACUGUGCUGCUUGACAAGUAAAAGCCACUUGAUCUUUGACACAUUUGUGCCCUUCCCUCCCUGAACCUCGCUCAUCCUCACCUACCACCUUAAUAAGGAAGUGAGGGCCAUGAUCAAAUCGUUUCACUCAGUGGAUUGAGUUGCUCACCAAAUGUUGGACCCAACGUUGUCAGAGACUCACCCUGCAUCAAACAACCCGCCUGUUCUUUCUGUUACUUCAUCAUUGCAGCUUUUAUUUGAUGUUGCCUGUCAGUGGUGGAGCUAAAUCGCCUAGUAAGAAUACAUGUGUGGCAUCACUCAGCCUCAUCUGCCACUUGAAACCAGUCACAUUUCUGGCUACCACUAGGUCGACGGCAUCUAUCAAUAGCAGGCUGUUAAUGUUUGGACAUUUAGACGUUAUUCUCUGCUACCUACUCUGCUUCAAUAAUGGCUCAAUUCACUUCAGCCAGUCACCCUUUUAGUUUUUAGUUUUUCAACCAUCAGUGUUAAAAUUCUAGCUUUGUUGCCACUUUUUGCUGCAGCAAUAGCCAAGUUAUUUUGCAUUCUUUUCCACUUAAUUUUUUUUGUUUGUUUUUCAGGAUAAUGGAAAGGAAAUUUUUAUUUGUGUAUACAGCUUCUCAGACAGCCCAUUAGCUGACUGCGAUGCCCUCCCCCACCUUUCCCCUAGUCUUGUUAUGAAAGCAGCUGCUGUUUUAUGUGGUCGUGUGAUGAGUUGCAAUAAGGAUUUUUGCACUUAGCUUUCACUUCUAAUUCAUGCAAACAAAUCGGCUCUUCCAUUGUAUUGUAGCUCGUCCAGCCCUCAACAAGUCCACUUGUGGUUGGUCCACACGUUAUGUAGUUUGGGCCAGCUUUAGGUGCUUAGAAAAAGCAAAACACUCGAUACGAGUAGAACAGACGCUCUCACACACACCUCUGAUUCAAGCAAUUCUUCAAAAGUAUUUGAUCAUGUUGGUGUGUGUGGGCUCUACUAGUAUUCAGAGACUCGGAGACCUUCCCUGUUUGUCAAAUGAUUUAACUUAUUAGAAGAUAAUCAGUGCUGUAGAAAAAGCAUAAAUCACACAAAUGUUGUCACAAUGUAGGCGUGUCUUAACAAAACCACCAAACAAUGUCACCCAGUGCACACAAGAUACUGGAUAAUUGAGCUGGAGGUGUUGGGACACUGCUUUUUUGUGCAAAGGGGAGUGUGCAGUAAUGAAAUGUGGAUGGGUUUGAUUUUUCUUUUUUUACUCGGUACAGAAUGAUGCAACUUUGGGCUAGUUUCUUUCUUGAAAUAGCUGUUGCCUUCCAUCCCUCACUGAGGGAGAACAGCAGGAGACACUGACAUCGCGUGAGUCAGAAAACUGGGUAUAUUUAGCAGCUUAAAAGUAAUGUGACCUAGUAAUGUACCGAUAUUUGACUUGUUUUAGGGUUUUAAAAGAUUAUUGGCACUAAAUCCGUUCUUGUUUGUGGGUGUAUUAAUUGUUGGAAUACACUUUCAUUUAGCAUAGGAAGCUAAUCAAAUGUAAAUUAUUAAAAAUGUUGAGUUGUCUAGACUUGAAACCAGUUCUCAGUAGUUCCAGUAAUGCUCUGCUGUAGUAGUGACACAGUAAGUUAUCAGCGAGGUGUAAAGCCCUCAGUGUUCUCCUUAUAAAUACCCACUGGAGCUGACUUGAGAUGUUAAUUUUCCUGCUUUUUCUCCCUCAUUGUUUCCUCAUGCUGAUUUGUUUACUCCCACUCAACUGCUAUAGCCUGGAAAGUGGGUUCUCCGUAGCUGUCUAAAGCAUGCCAUUUUUUUUUUUUUUUUUUUUACCUUCCAUUACACUUUGGUCAUAGAUUUCACUUAUUUCCUUCAUAUUCAGACAUGAUUGCAGGUGACAUAAGAACCAGGCUGAGAUGUGCACCUGGGGGUUUGUUCACUAGUUGGGAGGUUGCGAUGAAAGUCGGAAUUGUAAUUAUUGUGAAGGAUGGUUAAUACGCAAUUCACGUUGAAGCCAUGUCAGGUGCAAAAUAAACAGUGUCAUAUACGCUGCGAGUAGCUUCUGUUAUUACAGGUGUAGUGAAUAAAAAAAAAAAAUAAAGCAUAGGAAGCAUUCAUGCUCUUGAAUAAAAUUCUGCCCAAAAGUCACUUUUAAGUCCACUGCAGGUCAGUCUCUAGGUCUAGAGAGUGAAUCUUGAGGUCUGACUUGUCAGCCGGGCCACAUGCUCUUCAUUAAAUCAGAGGAAUGCAUUUGGAAUAUUUUAGUUUUCUUCUCCAGACACUUGAUUCACUGUUUUGUGUCUAACACUCCACUUUGGCAUUGGUAGCAUACUUGACUGAAAUCAAAUGGGGUGUUUAGCUCCAAAGUGGUAGCUUUAAGCACCCUGUGUUUCUGUUGUUAAAGGGAAGGUAUGAAGUGUGUGCUGACAGGACAAAUGAACCGAAAUUUAGCCUAUCAAAGGACGCUUUAUUUUUUUCCCAAAGGUUUGACUCAAAAGUUUGCCGGGAGAAGGAUUGUGCCGACCCCCGCUGAUUAGCUUGGUUACAAUAAGAGGGGGCACUUUGUGUUUUUUUCGUUUCUUCCCUGAGCCAGUCAUGGCCUUCAUCCAUAUUGUUUCAAAAGGCUGAUUCAUGCCACGUGUUUCUGGAGCCAACACUAUUAUCAGCUGUUUCUUGAUACUUAUUUGUUUAAAAAAAAAUAAUAAAUGGCUAAUCUAUAUACUUAACAUUUAAUUGUUGGUAUGAUAUAUGUGGUUCACAUUGUAAAAGAAAUAAACUAUUGAAUUGCAA